AUGAAUUUAGUGGGAAACUACACUAGUGGAGACGAAUCAUCAUCAUCAUCAGUGGAAGAGGACACAAAAGAACUAACCCAGCAGAACUACCAGGAAGUUGAACCAACCAGGAAGAAGAGACCUGCGGAGUACCAAAUCACAAACCAAUCUCAUACCAAGAGAAAUAUCCCAUUGCCCCCACCUCCAGAACUCGUAUUUGACAAAUAUUGGAAAGACCCCGCGUUAGCAUCUUUGAAAAGCUUCAUUGAACCAAACCAGGAGCCAAAAAAUAUGGGAGUAGACAACCUAUUAUUCAGAUCUUCAUUAUCAUGCUAUUUUUCAGUAGCCAUUCCUGUUAGCACGUCCCAACUUCAGGGGUUGAACAGAAUUACACAGGAGAUUAAUAAGUUAUUGGUGAAACGUAAUUUCAGGCUCGACAAAGAACGGUUCUACAAAAACGUCUAUAGGAUGAGGACUAAUGAGCCCCAGAAAGGCAUCCCGAACCACUCGUGGUACUACAAUAUUCGAAAACCAGCGAACGUCAAAGCUUACGACCCCUGGCUCGAGACCGAUGAAGGAGACGCCAACAAGUUUUUUAAAAAUGAGGCAGAAUAUGAGAAGUUGGCACAAGAAUAUAAUGACAAAUUGCUCGAAGUGAACAAGACGCGGUUUCUUGAGUUGAAAGAAAAAGUUGAUGAGACCGCCCCAUCGGAUAAUAAUAACACAUCAAUUUUGGCGGAUUAUAACUUUAUGCUAUUCAGACCAAAUUACAUCAACAGAUUCGGGGUACCGGUUGCAUUGCACAUGUCAUAUAGUUUAGCAACACCGCUUCCUGAAGAGAAAAGAGAAGCGGUGAACGAGGCGGCGUUGGAGCUUCGUAAACUCGUCAAUAUGGUGAACAAGUACCGAAAAUCAGACAACUAUGAGGUGGCCAAAGAGGUGCUUCCCAAAAAGAUCGGGAGGCUCAUUGAUCUGGAGCUCAAAGUGCAGUUCAAACCAAAACUCUACCUUCUUCCAAAUAGUAACUUCAGCCGACUUUUCCUUGCGUACAAACCUACUUUCAAAGAACUUGAAAACUGCGUGUUCUUCUCCGAUUUAAUCAGAGCGGUACCGUUUUUCAAGGAAGCCGUUAGUAUCACCGAACCAUCCUCAUUGCACGUCUCCAUUUGUGAAUUCGAGCUCCCAUUCCCUUCAAGAACUCACCACAAGUAUAAUAUGUUGAUUGCCGAUCAAAUUAAUGAUGCUGUUAACGAGUAUAAUGGGUUGAUAAGAAAGCGUGAUGCACCUCUGUAUCACAUGAAGACGGUUUUUUCAAAAUUGAACUUGAGAAUUCACAAUGAUCAAGUUAGUUUCAAGAUCCUGGGUAAGAAGUCCGAAGCAAUGACAGGUGAUUCUAAAACUGAAUCUGGAAAGGCCAGAAACGUGAAGAAGGAAGCUACACACAUUAAUAGUGAAGAUAAAGUUUCCUCAGAUCCAGGAAAAGUGAAGAAGCAACCUAUAGAUGUCAGUAAUCAAAAGAAAGUCUCCUUAGACCCUGCGAAAACGACGGAAAAGCCUACAGACGUCAAAAAUCAAGAUAAAACUUCCUCAGAACCUGAAAAAUAG